AUGUCUCCAACUUCUUCGACUAUUAGUGAACGAGACCUAAAUUCUAAACUUACUGAAAUAUUCACUAAAAUUGGGCAACUUGGAAAUGCACAACAAGGCAUCCAAGAACUUUAUGACUUAUUAAUAGAACAUCCGGAAUGUGACGUCAAAGUUAAUGCAUUUCUCGCUUCCGCUGGAACUUUCUUUCAAAAAUAUAUUCGAAAGGCGCUAGCUGACCUUACUACUCAAGAAAUGCAAAAAUGCGGAAUGUUGCCUAAAGAAUCUCUAACUCCUUUAACUCCCGUAUCCACGGCGAAAGACACUCCUUUACAAAAACGACCAACCACCCCCAAAAACAAACCUCCGCAUAAAUUUGCUACAAACC